AGUAUAGCAUCUUACACAUUUGGAUGGGCUACUUCGACGAGCGGGCCCAACGUGGUACCAACGCCACAACCAAUUGACGAUGAAUAUCUGGCAGAAGAAGGCGAAGGGGUUCAGCCCCCAGACAAGCCAUCCAGACUCGAAUUCUUCCAAUACUAUCGCCGUCUGUCCGACGUUCCCACAGAUAUCGCCGACAAUAUACAUCUCGUCUUUCAAGGUCUGGCGGAGCAGGGCUCGACGUCGCUUCUAACUACGUACAUCAGCGAAAUGCCAAAGUACUGCCAGAAGUUGAGCGAGCUGCUCGAUAAUUUGCCCAGCCAUCUUCAGGAGGCGAAUGAACAUGCUGUAGACGAAUGCUUCCAGAUUCAGGGGCAAAUCCUGAGGACACGGUGCCUCUAUGUCAGGCUCACGAUCCUCCGCCCUUGCUUACUAGCGACAGUUGCCAACCGAGCCAUACGCUCAGAGCUGCGGAGAGCAAAGACAAGUCCAUGUUCGAAUCUUACCAUGGGCCUUCUGAAUGAUGUCAACAAGCUUUGCGUGUCUACAGCGCGAAUUGUUCUUGAUGAGGUACACCGGAAUAUUUCUACUGUGUGGCGGACCUCGACAUGGCACACAUUACGAGUGACAAUGGGCUCGGCAACAGUUCUCUUAGCGGCUAGCCUGAUAGACUCGGAUGUCGACCUAUAUCAAGAGCCGAACAAGACCUCAUGGGAGCAGGCCGUUGCCAUUUUCGAAUACUACGUCUCGUACGAUGUAUCCGCGCAGGGAGGCCUGCAGGCGUUGUGGGACUAUCGGCAGAAAUUCGAAGCUACCAAGAGACGGGGAGAGUCGUCAAACGAAGCCGGCCUCGCUGAGCCGCAGCCGUAUCCCCAGGGCGACGGUGCUCUUGUUGCUGAAUCUGAGGAAACCCCCCCGGGUAUAGAUGGUGUGUUUGAUUCCCAGUGGCCCGGGGGCGACUUGUCACAGGCGUUUUACGAUUGGAAUUGGCUUGAUUUUGACAUUCCCGAGUUUAUGCUGUCAUGAC